AUGAAAAACAUACUCAGCAGUUUCUCACCCUUCAUAAGCAGGAAUUCUAAUUUUCAAGCUGAGAACAUUGAGUUUAAGAAGAAUCUUUUUCAUUUUGAACCUUUUGAUAUUAAUCCUUAGCUGAUAAAGUAGAAAAGAAUCAAAGUAGAAAGAACAUUAUCUCCAAAUUCUAAUUACAAUCCACAUGCUUUAAUCUUAUCUAAAAUUAAUUUCCAAAAACAAGCCUUGAAAAAAGUCAAACUUAAAUCAACUGUGGAUUACAGAGCAUUGCAAGAAUUAGAUUUUAAUGCGUAGCUCUAAUUUUUAUAACCAACAUCCUUUAUUCGUGAUUCUACCAAUUCAAGUAAUAAGAAGGAGAUUAAUUAAUCGAGAAGAUAGAAAUACAAAGAUAAAGUCUAAUUUUUCAAUUCAAAAGUUGAAACUGAUAGAAAAAUUCAGUCAAAAUUUCGCUUGUGUUUACCAAAACUUCAUAAGAGUAUUGAUAUCAAUUAAUCAAGAAGCUCUCUCAAUAGUUGGACUAUGAAUAGCACUUUCGGUCUAUUCUAAGUUAAUAGUUGA